CGUCAAAAGUUCAAAUUGGAAAUUCACAAGUAUUUCACAAUUUUCAUCACCCGCACAUAAGUAUAAAUACCGAAUUUACCCCCUGAUGCCUAUUUUCCUCAAAAUAUCCUAUUUCAGACUCGUAACAAUCCCUAUCAUAAGAUUCCAUUCAAAGCAGUCCAAAUCUAACCUCAUAAAUAUUCUCAAAGGUAUGCCGAAAGAGCAAAAACACAUUGCAGAGGCCCAGAAGCAACGGAAAAAAAUUAAAGAGAGAAUUUCUAAAUAUGUACCCGGUAAAGUUACGUUACAAGUGCUCGGAACAGGCGCGAAAGGGGCACCUCGUGCUUUGUAUAUGUUCUCGGAUCAGUCCAGGUAUUUAUUUAAUUGCGGAGAAGGAACACAAAGAUUAGCUCAUGAACAUAAAAUGAAACUAGCGAAACUGGAACAUAUAUUCAUAACACAACCAGUUUGGAAGAAUAUUGGUGGUCUUCCCGGUACUGCACUCACAAUUCAGGAUGUAGGAGUUCCUGAGAUUACUCUGCAUGGGCCUCCAGGCUUGGAUGAAGUUUUUGCGGCGACAAAAAGAUUUGUUGUUAUUAGAGAUUUAAAAAUUCAUAUGGCUGAUUGUAGUGAAAAUAACGUUUUUGAAGACAACGUGAUUAGUGUAAGAUAUGUGCCUUUAACAAGGACAUCUAAUUUAGUCGUUGAUGAUAAUCAAUCUGCAAAAACCAGUGAAAAUGGUGACGAUUUCAAGAAUGCCGAAGUUAACGCAACAGUAGUUCAGUCAGAGGCAUCUACAUCCACUAGAAACGAAAAGAAAUUACGAAGGAGAUCGGCUUCGAGUUCUAGCACUUCAGAAGAAAUCGUUGAAGAUAAUGUAGAUUAUUACGCCCACGAACAUAGUGGUAGGAGGAUAACCCCCAAUCUCGUUUCGAUAACUUCUCAGCAGAUCCUACAAGACACGAAAGAAAAAGGUAUCUCCAUGACUUAUAUUUGUCGACUACAACCCAGACCGGGUGCCUUGAAUUUGGACAAAUGUGUCCGAAUGGGCGUUCCGCCAGGACCUCUGUUGGGCAAACUUAAAGGUGGUGAGGAUGUUGUUUUACCAAACGGCAAUGUCGUCACUUCCAAAGAUGUGUGUGAACCUGACGACGCUGGUCCUGUCUUUAUUGUUGUUGACUGUCCUUCUGAAGAAUAUUUAGAUUCCUUGACGAACAGUGAAGAAUUGAAAAGGCACCAAAUUUUUGCAACAGAAGAUUGUGACAUAGCGACUUUGGUGGUGCAUUUUACUCCAGCAGAUGUGGUGCAACAUCCAAGGUAUAAAAAAUGGAUGGAGAAUUUUUCAGCGAGUACACAACACAUGAUUCUGAAUGAAACAAACUCUUGCAUGGGUAGUCAAGCGGUUCAUAGGAUACAAUACAAAUUGAACAUGCUUUCAGAGGACUUUUUUCCUUUAUUAAGUGAAAAGGGAAUGGAAAUCGUUAAUGACAAUCCAGGGAUCCACUUAAAUAAAAAACAGAAAUGUGAAGAGAAGGAUUUGACGUCUCCCAGUUCGCUUCAAAAUGACCUAAAAUUGGAAAAUUUGUCUGUGAAAUCUAGACCAGCCAGUCCUACGGAGCCAUAUAUUUUUCCCAAAACUUUUUGUAGCUUUCAUUUAAGGCCAAAAUUAGGUUUAGACAGACUUGCUGAACUGAAAGUAAAUCCUGCGGAAUAUCUGAAAGAGACAAUGGAAGUGGAGAAUUUUUCCAGUACUUUGCAGGAAUUGUGCAACAAUUUGAAACGAGACAGGAAAAAUUUGGACAUUAGUCAAUAUCCACAAAUAUUAUUCUUAGGUACCGGUUCUUGUAUACCAAACAAAACAAGGAAUACAAGUGGGAUUUUACUAAAAUUAAACGAAAGCCAGAAUAUGCUUCUAGACUGCGGGGAAGGCACGUGCGGGCAAAUUAUAAGGUUCUUUGGUCACGAAGAAGCAGAUCGUGUCUUGGCUAACAUAAGCGCCAUCUACAUUUCACAUCUGCAUGCCGAUCACCACAUCGGGCUUAUAGGGCUUCUGCAAGGUAGAAGGAGGGCCUUGGAUAAUCUAAAAAUGAAGAAAGAACAAGUGUAUUUGUUUGCACCUAAACAAAUACUGGCCUGGUUAAAUUUUUACGAUAAAUGCUUUGAAAAUAUCAGAAAAGAAUUCCAUCUCGUGCCAAACGGUGACUUGAUAUUUAACAACCAAACACUGUCCGAAUCUACAAAAGAAAUUGUUUUGGAAAAACUGGGGAUGUCGCGUAUAAGUACUUGUUUCGUUAGGCAUUGUCCCAAUGCUUUUGGAGUAGCAUUUACAGACAAGAACGGGCGCAAGAUUACUUACUCUGGUGAUACCAUGCCGUCGGAUAAUUUGGUAGAACUCGGUACUAAUAGUGACGUUUUGAUUCACGAAGCGACGAUGGAAGACGAACUAGCCCAUGAAGCUGUCAUAAAAAUGCACUCCACCACAUCUCAGGCGAUAGAUAUCGGCAAAAGAAUGAAUGCCAAGCAUAUCCUCCUGACCCAUUUCAGUCAAAGGUAUGCGAAAUUGCCGAGAUUCAAUGACAAUUUCGCUGAGAAUGUUGGCAUUGCCUUUGAUAACAUGCAGGUUAGGAUAGAUGAAUUGCCUCUGGUGCCACAUUUGUACCCUGCCUUAAGACUGAUGUUCGCAGAGCAUUACGAAGAACUAGAGCAUAAGGCUGUGAAGAGACAACUGAAAAUUGAGAAGCAAAGGGAGGCUUCUAUCAAUAGAAAUGAUAAACGGAAACAGAAUGAAGUUAUACGAUAGCUGUACUUUUAUUAAAAUAAACAUUUUUUAAAAAACA